UAGUUGCAGGCUGCGGGUUUGCAAGUAUACAUCAAAGAAUACAUAGGUGUACUUUUUGGUAUACAUAGAGAAAACAUAUAUAUUUACUUUAUUUAGUUAGUGAUUAUUAAUGUAAAGAACGAGGUUUUCCUAACCUCUAAUCAAUAAGUUAUAAAAAAUGGAAGAAAACGAUAAGAUGAAUGAUUUGUCAGAAAUAGAGAAAUUGAAUGAAAUAAGAAGUGAGGCUUUGCAGGCCCAAUUUUCUGUUGAAGAUGAAAAUAAAACAAAAUUGGAAAUUCCUAGUAGCAGUUCUCCAGAUACAGACCAAAUUGAAAACGAUGUGAAAGACUUUGAUGAACAAGAAAAUGACUGUGAUAAACAAUCUCCAUCCAGUCUAAGUGACUCACAAGAUGAUGACUAUGUUGAUGAAGAACAUCUGAAAGAUCUAGAAGUGACUCUAACUGAUGAUGUUAAAGAAAAAAGAUACAGUGAAGCUUUAGAACUGAAAAAAAGAGGUAACGAGGAAUUCAAAGACCAAAAGUACUUGAAAUCUGUGUUCACUUACACAGAAGCUCUUCGGUUGUGUCCGUUGAAAUACACAAGUGAUAGAUCUAUAUUUUACGCAAAUCGGGCAGCUUCCAAAGGUGCCAUGGGUAGGAAAGAAAGUGCUAUAGAAGAUUGCACAAAAGCUAUUGAAUUAAAUGACAAAUAUGUUCGAGCAUACUUGAGACGUGCUAGGUUAUAUGAAGAAACUGAUAAACUUGAUGAAAGUUUAUCGGAUUACAGGAAGAUUCUUGAAAUUGAUAAAGGAAAUAAAGAUGCUUUGCAAGCACAAUAUCGAUUACCACCACUUAUUCAACAGAAAAAUGAAAAACUAAAAGAAGAAGUGUUAGGGAAACUAAAAGAUUUGGGAAAUAUGAUACUGAAGCCUUUUGGUUUGUCUACUGCAAAUUUUCAAAUGAAUAAAGAUCCCAACAGUGGAGGAUAUUCUAUGAACUUCACUCAGAACAGGGAAUAAUUCAUUUCUUGUUUCACUUAUAUAAAGCUAUGUAAAAUAAUGAAGGAGUUAUUACAGAUCUUGGAAGCUUGAUCAAUAAAAAGUUUUCAGUUACCAAA